GCCAUUGACAGUCCCAUAAGAACAUCUACUCUGCGCAACAACUCUCUGCAUCUGUAACUGCUGUCGCUCACAGCGCAUAGCACAUAUACAUAUUCUAACAACCGCGAUCCGGGUGCAACUACACCGCCGCUCUCAUGUCCCGAUAGUUUGUCAGCAUCUAAAACUGUAAAUCAAUACGUUCACGAUGGAUGUACAGCUGUACGUGUAUGACCUGUCAAAGGGUCUUGCACGUUCCAUGUCUAGACAAUUUCUCGGAAUACAGAUCGACGCCGUUUACCACACCGCCAUCGUUCUUGGAGGCAUAGAAUACUACUUCGGACAGGGUGUACAGACCUGUCGCGCCGGUGCAACUCACCAUGGGAAUCCCAUGGAGGUCAUAAAACUGGGCCGAACCGAGCUACCUAUCGAAGUCAUUCUCGAAUACCUCGAAAGCUUAAGGACAGUUUAUACACCUGAGUCGUACGAUCUGUUCGCGCACAACUGCAACAACUUCUCCAACGACUUCGCGAUGUUUUUGGUGGGGAAGGGAAUACCGGAGCAUAUCACAAAUCUGCCCGAGACCGUGCUGAAUACGCCUUUUGGGCAGAUGCUGAGGCCGCAAAUUGAUGCCGCCAUGAGGCCUGUCACCCAGGCGCCGACACCCCAAAACGGUGCUGUCGCGCCCUCGGCAAUCAAUAAUGCCGCUCAAAAUGGCACGCCGAAGCCUGCACCUGCACUUACAAAGGCGGCGGUUGAGCUUAAGGAAGCCACCGGUCGGGUCAAUAGUGUCACGACGAUACAAGCGGUGGACAGCCUCUUGGACCUUGCGAAGGACCGUAGUGCCAUCAUUUUCUUCACCAGCUCGACCUGCGGACCUUGCAAGAUUAUGUACCAGCCGUACGAUGACCUUGCGGCGGAAGCUGGCGACAAAUGUGUCUUCCUUAAGAUUGACUUCAGCUUCGCCGACCGAUCGAUUGGAGCUCGCUUCCCUCACGUUCGCGCAACCCCAACAUUCAUUACCUUUGUCCGGGGCCAAAAGCGAGAUGAAUGGAGCGGCGCUGACCCACGCCAACUACGGAGCAACGUAGAGCUUCUGCUCAACGAAGCUUUCCCAGUACAUCCCCACCUUGCAAAGAGCCUGCCAACGCUGCUUAGCCAGAGCCAGCGACCUAUUCUGUACACCAAGGUACCUCCGUUGGAGAAGGUCGUCGCGAAGAUGGGAAAUGCUGGCAAAGAUGAAGCUGUUUCCUCGAUUCUUUCGUUUAUUGAUGCUCGUGAGCGCUUUGGUGCCAUGGAAGCGCCACUCACCAAGCUGCCAAAGUUCGCCGACUUUCUACGACGAAGCACAUCCAUUCUGCCCCCGGAGCUUCUGUUUACAUCCCUUGAUCUGCUCCGCGUUGCUUUGACAGACGUACGCGUUGCUGGCUUCUUUGCGGAAGAACAUGUAGGCGCUACUGGGACGCCCGCGACGGUGGCACAUCUGCUCCAACAUGUCAAUAGCUUGGGAGACUCUGCGCCCUAUCCAUUGCGAUUGACCACGCUACACUUGUCUUGCAACCUCUUCAAUUCUCCUCUAUUCGUCCCUCAUAUACUCUCACCACCACUCUCUUCGACUCUUAUCUCCAUCCUCACCACCGCUCUCCUGGAUGAGAAACAUCCGGCGCUCAAAGUUUCGGCCCUCAGUCUCGCCAUGAAUAUUGCUUCCUCCAACCACAAAAUACGCAUGAAGAAACACAGCUCCAACCCUUCUGCUUCGCUGCCCUCCGAGUCCGAGCUGGACGACUCAGAACAAGUUGAGUUGCUAGCCUCCUUGCUCGAGAUACUUGGCUCCGAUGAUGAGUUUAGCGAGGUGAAGAAGAUGACGGUGAUCAGCACUGGCUGGCUUGCAUAUUGCGCAGAUAUGGACGGGGAAGUCAGGGACUUGUGGAGGGCGAUGGAUGCAGCCGGCACGGUGGCGAAGUUGCAGGCCAAGGUGUUACAGGAUAGGAUGUUAGUCAAAGAGGUGAAGAGUUUGUUGGAAGUCUAAAGAGAGAGGAUGCUAUUUUUUUUUAUCAAUACCCAUAUAGACCAAUAUUAUAGAUACAUUCAUCGGACAUCUCAUACGGAGCC